CCUUCCUCGGCCGACCUACCUAUAUCUGCUGCAACGGCACUUGAAAAACUCGUUUAUCGAGUUAAGGUCGCUGCCGAUCGGGUCGGCGAACGGGACGGCGCUGACGGGCGUGCAGAGCCAUGCCCGGUCCUUGCCGCUCUCCCGGUGGCACUGAGGGGGCGAACCGCGGGCAGCCGCGGGGAGGAGGAGGAGGAAGGGGAGCGGCCGAGCGAAAUCAGCGGCAACAGGCGGGAGGGAGCCGGGGACGGGGAGCGCGCACCCGCCGAAGGAGCGGCGGCGAAGGGAGGCGGUGGGGAGCGGAGGGAGGCGGGCGCAGCCGUGCAGGAGGGAGGAGCGGGCGGCCGGGCGCAGCCAAUUCGGGGGACUCGUCCAUUUUUCGGCGCUGCUGCGUGCGGGACUCCUCCGGGCAGCGGAAGGGAAGGGAAGAACUGCCCGUGCCCCGAGCGGAGCUGCCCGCUUCUCACGGAGCCUGGCAAAGAAGGGCUGCAGCGGGAGCGUUUCGUGCUUCGUCAGCCCGGCAGUGUUUUGGCUUUGAUUCCGUUUUGCUCGUACCUAUUCCUGGAGAAGAGGUCCCCGCCAUGUCUCGCUACAGCCUCCACAACCUCCUGGACUGGAUGUAUGGCGGGGUGGACCCCAGCUUUGCCGGCAAUGGAGGGCCGGAAUGCGCCGCCUUCCUCUCCGGCCAGCAGCGCUUGCUGGAGAGUUUGGUCUUCCUCACUGUGGGCACCGUGGAGAUCCUCGUGUCCCUGUGGAAGCUGAGGCAGCAGCAUGUCCAGGAGCUGGAGAAUCUGCUGCGGCAGCCCCAGGCUAAGCAGGAGAGCCUGGGCAAAAACGUGCUGCUGGUGCUGCUCUGUCUCAUCUUUGGGCUGGAGGUGGGGUUCAAGUUUGCCACCAGGACUGUCAUUUACCUCCUGAAUCCCUGCCACGUGGUCACCAUGAUGCAGAUUUUUCUUCUUGCCUGUCCCCCGUGUCGGACUGCAAUGAUUCUCUUCAGGUUGCAGAUGCAUAUGCUGAAUGGGGCCCUCCUAGCAUUGCUGUUUCCUGUUGUUAAUACACGCCUGCUUCCAUUUGAAACAGAGAUUUAUUACAUCCAGCAUGUGAUGCUCUAUGUUGUGCCCAUCUAUCUGCUGCACAAAGGAGGUAUCUACACCCCUGAACCGCUCUGCAAUUUCUGGUGGGCUCUUUUAUCCACGGGGUUUAUGUUUGUGUAUCAUUUUAGCAUCUUGCAGAUCCUGGGAUUGGUUACAGAAGUGAAUUUGAACAACAUGUUGUGCCCAGCCAUCUCAGAUCCUUUUUAUGGGCCCUGGUACCGAAUCUGGGCAUCUGGACAUCAGACUGUCAUGACCAUGACUCAUGGGAAGCUCAUAAUCCUGUUGUUUCACAGUGCUGUUCCCACCCUCAAAUGGAGCAUGGACUUGCUUAGACUCCCAGCUAAGAAAAUAGACUGAAAUUUCUCCCCACAGAGUAGCUCAUACAGGAAGCAGAGAUAUAUACUGGAAAACAAAGAGGGGGGAUGAGACUACAAUGUCUUUAUACUUCUUCCCACAGUUUUUUGCCUCAAAAACACCUCUAAUGAAGUGAGGGAUUUUUUUUACCUGCUGUUUCUCACUGCCUAUUGUCAAAGGCAAAAUUAGUGGCCUUAUUCUGGGGAAGGUUCAUGUUUUAUACAUUUUGUAUAGAUUACAGUAGAAUCUUACUAAGCCACCAUUUAAAAUCAGGCCAGGACCUGUCCAUAUUCCAGCAAAGAGAGUGGCAGUGCUACCUCAUUUUGACUCAUUUUCCAUUAAAGAAUUGUAUACUUCUAGGACAGGAAAUAAUGUUGAAUUGUAGCACUCCACUGAUGUGAACCAACAUGCUGGACUGCAUCACCUGGCUUAACUCUUAAAGCUAGAAUGUUCCAAAAUGGUCACAGGAAAUCAUGCACACUUAAUCUUCCAAUCAGAAGUGGAAAACAAUGAGGUUCUACUGUUUUUUCUUAAAGCUGGUUGAAAAUGUUGGGGAACAAUAACUCAUUAAAAAAAAUUAAUCAACUACUAAAUUUCUAAGCUGCAGUGGAUAAGUACCUAUUUAGUGAAGUCCCAUUAUGAUGCUUUGGAGAUGCAUUUAUUUUGAUGAGGGAAAAAAAUGAAUGUUGAAAUAAUUUCAAAAGACUAUGUUAUGUAUAGGCCAUGACAAGCUAUUGCAUCCACUGUUCUGUCCUGACUUAGAACGAAAUGGGUUUUUUUCACUUACCUUAUACUGGAGGAGUGGAGAUACCAAGUCCAAUGUAAAUAUCAGAGGUUUUUUUUAUAUUUAGUAGAUUUUGAAACAUUCCUGCUUCAUCUAUGCUGAUCCUCACUGACCAGACUUGUUGGUGAAGAAACCAAAUGCAACUGUUCUCUCCCUACAGCUCUGCUAUAUCAUGUGUAUUGAUAUUAAAAUACAGGUAUAAAAAGGAAUGUCAAAUCAGUGCAGGGCUCUCCUGCAAAGGGCAGUUUAGUAGCACAGCCCAUCAAUGUCUUUUGGAGAACAGGAUAUAGAUGCAGAAUGAUCAACUGCAUGUACCUGCUCUAAUUUUGCAGGAGGAGAAAUCAUUUGGCAAAAAGUUAAAAAAUCCUGAUUGUAUUCUUCCAGAAUUGUGAGUCCAUUGUGCAGACUGUUGUGUUUCAGGGCUGCAGAUUUUUCUUGUACAGAAGUUUGGGGGAAUUUAUAGAUUAAUUGUGUUGUCAAAGCUGUGAUUUGUAACAUAAACCAAACCAUCAUACCUCCUCCAGCUGGAUCACCUGAAGGUAUGUGCUAAGGUUAAGGUACAGAUGUUUAUACCUCAGGAAGCAAAAGUAAGUUGACUUUUUUUUUUUUUUUCUUUAAAAAAGAAAAAAAUUCUUUUGUAAGGGAACAAGUGGCUACUUCAAAUGUUUUUACUCCAUAUGAUUAAAAAAGUACACCUCAAUCAGAAAUACAUUGUCCCAUAUUCUGGGAAUUACAAAUAUUUACAAAUUGGUUUCUGGCAUUCUUCCAUGCUUUGCUGUGUGUGUAUAUAUAUAAAAAUAUCCUGAAUGCUCACAACUUGUGAACAUGCAGCAUGUACCUAAACUAUCCCUCAGGCAUAUACAGCUGGUGUUAGUAUUACAAUACAAGGACUUAAGACAAAUUUUGCAAAUACUAUUUAGCAUUAUUAUUUGCUUUAUUUGCUUAACUUAUGGUUUCUGGGUUUUUGUUUGUUUGCUUUGGGUGUUUUUUUUUUUUUUGGUUUUUUUUUGGUUUUUUUUUUUUUUUUUUUUUUUUUGUUUGUUUGUUUGUUUUUAAUUGCCUUUUUCUUCUAGCAUCUUCCCUUUUUUUUCCUGUCAGGAUACUGUAGUUACUGGAAACAAUUCUCUAGGUAGGAGCUUUUUCUUUUUUCCUUUUUUAAACUAUAGCAUUUCCUAUCUCUAAUCAUCUGCUUCAGGGCAUUCCAAACAAGUAUAAAGCAGCUGCUGUUUGCCACCAUUGUCUGCCCCUGGUCAAUUAAAACUGCAGGAGCAUUUAAAUGAGCUCAGGUGUCUCACUCAGUGCAGGCUGUGCUUGGAAAGCAGAAUUUAUGAGCUCUUCUGGCUGACUUAAAAUUCAGUAGCAGGAAUGUGAACAGAGCUGACAGGGCCAUCCCUGGGCAGUGGAAAGGGAUUCGUGGUGCAGAGCUGCUGGGAGUGGUUGCCCCUGCCCUCCCUCCCUGGUGGUCACUGGGCCCACCUGUGCUUUUCCCCCUUAUGCUGCUCCAGUUGUUUAGAGUCACACAGAAAUCCGAGGUGUAAUUUCACCACGUGGAGUUCGCUGAUGGAGCUGCUCAUCAGAGACAGUGGGACACAUGUAGUGUCCUUCUAAACCUUGUUGUGGGCACGUUCUGGAGCUUGUUGAAUCUUUUGCACCAAUUUAAGCUGAGAUGUCUCACUGAACAAGGCAAAAAAAGUAGAGAGGUAACCAACUACUGCACUCAGUAAGGAUUUUAGAAGUACUGGAGCUGCAGUGAAGGAAUCAAAUGGUGCAGCUGGAGCUAGGUGGGAAGGCAGGCCACCUUUACCUUUUGAACAUAAGCAGUUGCUCCUUUGUUGUUGUGCACUAUCACUGAGGCUGGCUGAGUUAGAACAGAAUCAUUUAGGUUGGAGAAAACCUGUGAGUUUAUCAAACCAAGCAUUAACCCAGCACUGCUGAGCCCCCCACUAACCCUUAUCCCCAGGUGCCACACCUAAACGUCUUUUAAACCCCUCCAGGGUUGGUGACUCCACUGCAGCCUGUUCAAGGCUUGAUAACCCUUCUAUGGGGAAGAAAUUUUCCCUUAAGUCCAAUUUAAACCUUCCCUGGUGCCACUCGAGGCUGUUUCCUCUUGUCAUGUUGCUUAUUUCCUGGGACAAGAGGCUGACCCCCAUCCUCCCUUCAGGCAGUUGCAGAGUGACAAGGUCCACCAUGAGCUUUCUUUUCCCCAGGCUAAACCCUCAGCUAUUCCUUAGAUAUCUGCUCCAGACCCUUCCCCAGCUCUAAUGCUUUGCUUUGGAUGUGUUCCAGAGCCUCAGUGUUUUUCCUGUAGUGACAGGCCCAAAACUUAAAAUUAUUCCCUCCUUCCCCAUGCCCUUCUUUGAAGGCUUUUAGAACUUUAUGUUGAUUUAUGGUGACCUACCACUCAAAACUGCAUCGGUGUAGCUGAGACAGGUUCCACAGAAGGGGAAGGACAGGUCAGAAUGGGAGCAGAAAAGGAAAAAACUUCUGCAGCAAUUGUCAUGGAACUUCACAUCCUUCAUUCCUCACCUAUCUCUGGUAUCUGCUGGGAAUAUGCAUUAGCCAGAGCUUGCCAUAUGUGUAUGGAAAUGGGAAAGCAGAGUACUUCAUCUCUAUAGCACUUACUUGUUGUUUUCCCUGGCAGAGCCUGAUUUUUCUUUUCCCUGAAUGGUUUAUUUUAUAGGCAGUUACACUAUACAGAUUUCUUUGGUUGCUUUAUGCUUAUUUAUGCUGGAAAUGAAAGCACAAAACUCUACUGCUGUUCUUGGGAGGCAAUUGCAUUCUCUCCUGGGGUGUUACACACUCAAUCCAUGUCAAGAUAACUUGAAGCUGUUGCCCAGUACCUGGUGAUGAGGUUAUACAGUGCUGCAGUGCAGUGCAAUUGAAAGGGCUGUCCUGGACCUCCUGGUCAAAUGUGCCCAAAUGUGUCAUGGCACUGGGAAUGUCAGCAGCAGUGGCAGUGGGGCUGCACAGCCAGACCCCCGUUCCCAGCAGCUGAAGCAGAGUGUAAAAUCUAACCCCAGAGCAACUUCAUUUGCUGGCCAGAAUACCCAAAAAAUUCUUGUGCAGUGCCACUGCCCGGCCUUUGGAGAUGCUGGUGUGGGUUAAGGGGUCUGAACAGAGCCCUCCAAGUGGCAGUAUUGUUGGCAUUUCAAAAGAAACAGGGAGUUAAGCAUACUCAUUACUCCAGCUGCCACUGGCUGCAUUUCCCCCCAAGUACCCAUGAAUGCAGCAUUAUUAGCUAUAAUAAAUCUGUUUAUUGAUGGGUUUGUUUGCAGCCUUGGAGUAAGUAGCCCUCCAAAACAGUGGUAAACCAGUAAUAUUUCUGCCCCCACCACCUUGUGCCAUGGCUUCAGCUGUCCAGGAUCCCUGAAGUGCUCUUUUUCCAGGGAUUCAGACACUGUACAGUGUCUGAGCUGGAUCUAUUUGUUUAACUUCCUCUUUUAAGCACCAAAGGAGGAUUUGCAUAGUUUCUUUUGAAAGGUGCAAACAAAUAGCUCUUGCCCAUGUGUUUGUAAAUUGAUGAAAAGACACAGUCUAUGAACACAUAUCUGGAGCUGGUUUUGGUUCAGCUUCUUAGUUCAAAGAUGCUGCCCUAAGCAAAACUUAUUUGUGCUUGAGGAGGAGUCAGUCCAUUUGCAGUCCAGUCAAACCUUGAGGUCAGAGAGUACCUAACAGUAGGUUUCUGUUUCUGGCCACAGAGUUUUGAUAUUUCUGUAUAUUUGAGAUAAUUUAAUAAAGUUCAAUUGUAUUUUUCAGAAAUGGCUAUUUGCAACUGUUAACUGACUGUACUUUUGCAUCCUAAGUCUUGCAUCUAAACCAGAAGUAUUUGUUUUCUAUGAAUCCAUAGCUAAUGGAAAAUAGAAUUCUGGUGUUUUCUUCAGUAUGACAAUUGUUUCACUCUAGGUGGAUCCUUAGGAAUUAAAUUCAUCCUUACAGUUAACAAAGCUCUGAAAAAGCCAAAACCCAGGAAGAGGGUGUAUGUCAGCCCUGGUGGGGGGUUUCUGCAGACAGGUCAGCUUUGGUGUUUUCAGUUCUAUAGUGACAGGACUCAUAACAAAUCUGUUGAUUUUUUGUGACCUUGUACUUCAAGUGAUAUUGCUGUAAAUCUCUCUUGCAGCUGUUGGUGUAACUUAGUCAAAGCCAAGUUGUUUUAUAAAUAAUUUUAUUUUUCUUCAGGGUCAAUUUUGUACUUUUAAAAACUAUUUCUGCAUUUCCUGAGUCAUUAUCCCAAUGCUGCAGAGGACACAGCAGGCAGAGCAGUGAGCACACCCCACUCUCCCUGACCACGCUGUGCCAGGGGCUGGGCUGGAGCACCAGGGGGCCUGCAGGAACCUGCAGGGCUGCUUACCCCACACUCCAGUCCCAGCAUGGCAUUAUCCAGGCACAGAAUGGGUUGGAAAGGUCAAGGAUGGAUGUGGACAGGCUCAACUGCCAUAUACGCUGUUAGUUCUGAAUAAUUUGUAAGAAUGUUACAAAUUUUGUAAACUUUUUAAUGUGCUAAACUUUGGUUAUGAGAUAACAUUUACAAAUGAGGGGUAAUUUGUGUACUUGUUUUUGUAUUUUGCUCUGGUGGGCUUUUUUGUUGUCGUGCCCUAAGUCCAGAUCAUUGGGUAAAUAGUUGUUAAACCUCGGAAUUAAAUAAAGGCAUCUUACUGGA